AUGGUAUGGGUACGGGGAAGCGUGUUCAAACUCGAGCUUUUGGAUCAUGUAUUGGGGGUUUCGGAUGGCCAGCACUCUAGUGUCAUGGAACGAGACACAAGACACUUCCUUUUGUGUGUUCCGGAUCAUCAACCAGGGGACCACAGUACGAGUGCAUAUGGUAGGAGUGUGUGUCGUGGAUAUGGAUCAUUUGGGGUAGGGGUCAUUAGCUUGAUCAGCCGUCACUCUAGUGACAUGGAAAGAUACACGAGACUUUUCCUAUCGUGUGUUCUUCAUAAUCAGCUAUGGGACUACCGUACGACUGCGGGUGAUACAAGUGUGGGUCGUGGAUAUGGAUCAUUUUGGGGUAGGGGUCAUCAGCUCGAUCUAGUAUCAUAUGGGUUUGAGACACGACUUGAUUUUCUUAUGUUCUUCAACAUGGGACCCUACAUGGUAGGGGAGCGGGGCUGCGUUUUCAAACUUGAGGUUAUGGGUCAUAUAGUCGGGGUUCUGUCCGACCAUCACUACGGUGUCAUGGAACAAGAAACAAAACUUUUCCUUUUGUGUGUUCUUGGCCAUUAG